UUUCUCAGAAUUAUGGCGGAAGAGAAAUAUUACAGUCGACGCAAGCAAAAACAGUUUCGAAUUUACCUAUCCGAUUCACUGGGGAGCUUAAGAUGAUUUAGAUGGCAAAAAUUUUCAACCUCGCCAACGAGGUGCUGGCCUCGAUUUUCAAGCACCUAGAUGGUCUCGAUCUUGGUACGGUAGCAAAGACGUGCCAAAGAUUCCGUAAUGCUUCUCUUAUAGACCAAAUUUGGCAACAUCUGUGUGAAAGAGAUUAUGGUGUGUCAUCUCUUGAUCAGUGGCCUCUUUCUUCAUUUCGGGAACUGUACAUCAUUGUGCUACACAAGUUUGGCUGCUUACUUGGUGUAUGGAAAUGCAACAUAAAUCCUUAUGGUGGUUUGCUACAUAUAACGGUUUCUCCAGGAAGGAUUGAGGCUUUUGAUUGUCGUGCACCAUACGACCCUGAUAUCACAAGUGCAUUAAGACCAAAGCUUAUGUUCGCUAUAGGGGUCCAGGAUGGAGAACCAGUGAUUCUAUGCUAUAGCAACUGGGAAGAAAAUCCUCACAGUGGAAACCUCAGAAUAAGAGAUGACGUUAAAGGAAAACCACGUCAGUUCUGUAUCGAGUGCAACAGCUCUUCAAAGCAUGAAAUCCCUUCAGACAGAGAAGAGGGCAUGGGUGUUUUGAGAAGGUGGAUGAAGGAAGAGUACAAUAACGAAACCUUGCUAUCUUUUCAACCUCACAUGGUGCAACUUGUUCUCAUGAGAUAUGUUACUAUGCACUCCUUGCACAGACAACCACUUCAGUUUGAACUCCUCAAUCUUCAACGGCCUUCCCCUAAUGACCUGGUGAUGACUCCUGGUGUGUUCAAGGGUACCUACAGCAGUCACGGAGUGGAAUUGGUCAUGGUUACUGUUGAUGACUAUAAAAUGACAGGCACGAAGAUAACGGGAGAUCCUAAUGUGCCAGGAGGUCAGAUAACCUUUGAUGUUGACCUCAGACGGCCUAUCACUGAUGACCUAGAGCCUGCGGAGCAAGAACAAAAUUUAGGCGUGUGUCGUGAUCGAGAGUUCACCCUACCCUCUGCCUAUGAAGCCAGAUACACCAAUUAUCCCAAUGUUUGCCUUGCCAGAUAUCACGGCAGAGGACAGAUUGCUAGUCAUGGGUUCAUGUCUCCUCAGUGGACACCGGGCCACUUUGUGCUGUUUAACGAUAACUUGUUUGGUUUUCGCUGGCUUGAACUGAUGGCGUUCAGUGUGUACAGUAGAGCUACUGAACCUUACCUGAGAUGAGGCCGACACUGCAAGAUAAAAAAGCUUCACAAAUGUCCAUGUCACGUUAUUUGCCGCCAGCCCUUCUCUAUUCUUCCCGCCUGAACUAUUGCACAUUUAUAAGACCAAUUUGCCCAGGCAGUGAUACAUUUAGUGAUGUCGAGCUACAGUCAUCUCACGUUAGAUAGGCGAGUGGCUGAGAAAAACUGGACUUAAAGCCAAUUUCCUUAGGAGCAGCAUGUCUCUUUAAAGUUACAGAGGAGCGUCGGGGAAGUUUGAGAGAAUGCACAGAACGGUGUGGAGUUUCUCUUAGGCUGCAUUUAGUUUUCCCAGUGUCUUGUAAGUGUUUGUAAAUCGAAUGUUUUUCUCAUCCAUUAGAAAUUACUUCAGUCAAUUUUUUUUUUGAACUUGUGUUGUGAUAGAAACAUGGCUUUGAGCCAAUCAGAGUGCGCAUUUAUGGGUUUUUUAAGGAUACUUAGAGACUUCCUCAACUCUAACUUAAGUCUAAUGGACCAUUUUCGUAUUCUUGGUUUUGGACUGGAACUAGCUUGCAACCGAGGCUAAUGCGGUAAGUCUUUUGAAAUGCAAAUCGCAUAAGCCUCCAUUGCAAGCUGGUUCCAGAAUAUGAAUAUGGCCUAUUACUUAAAUAUUACAUCCCUUGUCCUUUAGGGUUAUUUUUGAAAUCUUUUGUCUUGUGAAUACGAUUUUCAGGUAAUUAUUUGACAAGCAACAAACCAAGUUGAUAUAUUAGUAUUUCUCAUAUACAGAUAUACAUGUCACGAAAAAGAGAAAAGGCUAAGUGUAUAAUAGUUUGUAAACCUUGCAGAUUGAUUUCUCAAGAUGCGCAGUUGUCAAAUUAGCACUAAAGUCCGGCCACUUUGUGCUUAGACCUUGGACAAAUUGCAACAGAAAAAUUUUAUAACAGCCAAUAACAUCUUCAUAUAGCCCAAGUGAUUACAAAGGGGAAACGGUAAUAUUUUAAAAUCAAUCGCCAUUCAUUUGCAUAAUUUCAAAAUGGCGCUUUGCUUGUGUUUUGUUUAGUUAUAAAAAUUUGCAACAGAAAUCAGGCUACGCCAAGUAAUUAACGCUUAAAGUGAUCCUUACCAACAUAUAAAUUCCAGGUAAAAUAUAAUGGUAAAUGUAGAUAAUUUGCAUAAAUUACACAUGCAGCUUUUUGUUCUUUCUUAAAACGCAAUUUGCCAAAAAAUCGUCAAGGAAGUUUAUAAUGUCAAAACAGUAACAAAUUCAAAUGUCCAGAAAUUAAAUCGUCACAGAAAAAAA